AGCAAUAGGAAGUUGAUUAAGACAUUCAAUAAUUGACAACAACAAAUCUCUUUUUGCAAUUGCUUAAUAUUUACUAUUAAGGAUUGCACCAACCUUGUUCUAUCAGUCCUAGAACCUGGUUUCAUCCCAGGAAAUCUCUGCCAACACAUACCAAUUCAAUCCUGAAGACACAGAGAGAACAAUGUCAUCGAUGACGAGGGGACGUGCAAGAGCAACAGGGGAGGCCUCCUAUAAUGGGAUUGUUCGUCGAAUGGUGAGCAUCCCUCAGAACAUAAUACGGGGCUUUUCAAGAGCAAUGGGUCAUGGAAUAGACCUCAUGGGUAUAGGAGGAAGAAGAAGCCAAUACCUGCCAUCUAUUUUUCCAUUUCAACAUCCACAAGAACCUGUAAUUGUGCAAGAAGAGCGGGCUUUUCUAGCCAGUUUCGAGCAGCAGUAUGGAACCAUGCAUCCUUGCUUCUACGAGUGCCGGUUCAUGGAAGCUCUAAAGAUAGCACAAGAUGAGCAAAAGUUCAUGUUCAUGUACCUCCACUCACCAGAACACCCCUUCACACCUCCUUUCUGUAAGGAGACCUUGUGUUCAGAGCUGGUAGUACAGUUUAUUGAUGCAAAUUUUGUCUGCUGGGCUGCACUUGCAAAUAGAGGAGAGGGCUUGCAGAUGGCCAUGACAUUGCAGCCUGCCAGCUUCCCAUUCUGUGCAGUAGUGGCUCCUGCUUCUGGUGACAAUAUGGCAAUUCUGCAACAGAUGGAAGGGCCAGUUUCCCCAGCUGAAUUGCUGGAGAUACUACAAAGGACAAUGGAGGAGCAAGGAUUGGUGUUCGGCAGUUCAAGGGUCAAGGAGGAAGAAAAGAGAAGAUCAGAUCGGCGGUUGAGGGAAGAACAAGAUGCAGCUUAUGUUGCAGCUCUCCAGAUAGAUAAGGAAAAAGAAAGACUCAAAAACUUACACUCAGAAGAAGAAAGAGCUCAGAGACAAGUACAAGCUUCAAAUAAAGCAAAUUAUGAGAAACUUAAACAAAAUCCCACAAGAAAUCAGACUAGUAAAGUGAAAGAAACUCUCAGUACUAGAGAAACUCAAGCUACAGAUGUUGCAGGCAGAGGAAAGGAUGCUGCUCAAGUCACCCAGAUAUUGAUACGGUUUCCGAAUGGGGAAAGAAGGGAGCAAAGUUUCUUGUGCACAGACAAGAUCCAGGCAGUUUUCAGAUACAUUGAUUCGCUAGGCUUGCCUGGAGUCGGAAACUAUAGAUUGAUAUCAAGUUUCCCAAGAAAAGUAUAUGGUGCUGAUCAGAUGGGAAUGACUCUCAAAGAUGCUGGUCUCCAUCCCAAAGCAAGCCUGUUUUUGGAGAUUCUGUGAUAUUAAUUACUCUCCUCAUGUUUGUGAAUGCACACGCGCAUCCAACGCACACACACUUGAGUUUAUCUAUAGGAACUAAUUCAAUAGCUCUAUCACUUAUAUGUAUGCACAUGAACGGGUUCACCUUUUCUCUGUUCCAGAAAUGCUUUCUUUAGAACUUUGAAAAUUUAUAACAUGGGAAAUACUUUGAUUUAACUGGUA